AGGAAUCGUAAUGGCUAGCAGAGACAACAAGAAACAUAAGCAGCGGUCGCGAAACCGUGACCCAGAUUCUGACUUCUCCCGAAAACUUACUUACGUGUUACGUCACAACGCUGUUGGACUGGGGAUGAAUGUGGACCACGAGGGAUAUGUCAACAUCGCAGAAAUCCAAACUCACCAACUUUUUCAGCGGUUUCGACCAGUUACCAAGGAAAAACUUCAACACGUCAUUGAUAUUGACGAAAAGCAGCGUUUUUCGAUGCUCCAGCGUGCUGAUGAAUGGUUUAUUCGCGCCAAUCAGGGUCACAGUGGCGAUGUGGCAGCCCAACUUGUUGAUGAAAAAAUGUUGACGCCAGUGUUAAGUUCAAAGGACCAUCCCAUUUGUGUUCACGGAACGGAUACGGGUGCGUGGACUAAAAUUACUGCUUCAGGCGGGCUCUCAAGGAUGGGUCGCAAGCAUAUCCACAUGAGUUCCCAACACAAAGGUUCGAAGGAAAUGAUUAGUGGUAUGCGUAAGAGGUCCAAUGUCAUGAUAUAUAUUGAUUUUGAUAAGGCAAUCGCUGCGGGUAUUAAAUUUUACAUUUCCAAGAACCAAGUUAUCCUGUCGGAAGGUAACGAUCAAGGGAUGAUACCAGUUGAGUUCUUUAAAGAGGUCAAAUUCCUGGACUAAACUAGCUGUAGUGAGUAAUAUGCUAUUUGUAUCGGUAAUGUUAGGCCAUAUAAAAUAAAUUCCUUGAUUUUCAUCACCGCCCGACGAUAUUUUGGUUUCCGCGUUGAUAUAUUUUUGUAUUUUGUUAUAAAAUAUAAAUUUACCGCCCGACCGAGCAUCUUCAGAGAUUUAGAUAUUUUUAUAUUUUAUAUUGGAAUUUUUGCGAUAUAAAAUUGUUUUAUCGUUAAUAUUGCAACAUGUUAAGGGAUGCUUGGAAUACUGAAGGAAAAAUGGGCUUAUAGCCUUAUUACAACGAUUUGUGUGGACCCUUAUGCAUGUUCAUUAGCGCAUGUGCAAUUAUCCACUUAUAUAGCGUUCUUCUACAAUAUAUUUAAGGGCAAAUAUAAAAAGACCUCCCUCUCCAAUUUUUUAAAUUUUGAACUUUUUUUUUAUAUUUUGACAUAAAAUAUAAAAUAUAAACCUCCCGCCUCCUGGGAGUUUUUAAAAUUUAGUGAUGAGAAUCAAGAAAUUUAUUUUAUAUGGCCUUAUAGAUUCGAGCGGGGCCACUCGGUUGGGCGGGGUGAGUACGAAGUGGGAAAAUUUUCCUGGGGCCCUAAUUAGAGCGAGAGGGCAUUAAAUAUAAAGAAUUUGUAGAGGAUGGCCAUCAAAUGCACGAAUUGGUAGAAAAAUGUGGAAUGUGUGAAAUUUCGGAAAUAUUUUUCCAUAUUUUUUCCCAAGAAUUACGCCCAAAAUUUGAAAUUUACCUUGCCUCCCAAAUUUUUCUCGGAGGUCCUGUGUUCGAUUGCAGUUUGGAAAAGCAUGUGCGAGUGAGUGUCUCAAAGAUGAUCAAGGACGAGUACAAUUUGAAGUCUUUGAAAAACUCACUAGUGUUUGUUUGUCCCAAUUGCAUGGACGAGAAACCAUAAUAUAUAUAUAUAUAUAUAUAUAUAUAUAUAUAUAUAUAUAUAUAUAUAUAUAUAUAUAUAUAUAUAUAUAUAUAUAUAUAUAUAUAUAAAAAUUAUUUUACCGUCACUUAUAAACAGAUGCAAAUAAAUAAUUUACUCACUUCAUUCGAUUAACUCCCCAAUCUAUUACAAUAAAACAUCUACAGUACGCGUGUGGACUCGUCGAAAAGCGUCUUUCUGUAACAGUGUUAUAAACACGGGAAAUUUCCCGUUUCGAAGCUAUGAUUUUGAAACGUAAACAAAACAAUAUUAACACCUGCUGUAUACUCUAAGAAAAUGUGUGAUAUACCGAUUAAAAUAACGUGAAAUAACAUUGAAAAAUUGCCCUUUUGGCUCGUUUUCUCUCUGAUUAUUUUUCGUUCUCCCAACGUCUCAUGUGCAUGUGUUUCUAUAACUGUAUAGCAACACGAAGAACGUUUUCGUAUGUAUAGAAAUAGUGAAGCAGAAGAUUAUUAGAAAAAUCUACCCAGUGUAUAUUAGCUUUUAUAAACGAAGUGAACAGUCAUUAUUAACUUUUUAAUGCAAAUUCCUUUUAGUAAUGCUUUCAAAACAAAACCGAGAGGAAGCGUGUCAUUUUCCUAAAAUUGUUGCGAGCUUUGGCGUGCCAUUUAAAUAAAUUGAAUGUGCAUUUAUCUUGCACAUAAUUUUUUCAUCGGUGUCAAGGCUGCAUGGCAGUAAUCAAUGUAGUCUACACUAAUUAAAGGCUUUUCUGGGCGCCUGUGUUAGGAACUGCAUUUGGAGUCGACGCUCGUACCGCGCUCGGUCGGAAAAUGAGUGUUAAUUAAGUGAACCAAGAGAGUAUUUUUUUACGAAUCAUCUCAAACUUACAUUGUACAGUGUAUGAAAUCAUGCGUGAAAUCUCAGGAAAAAUUGCGUAGUGAGUAGGGAGAAAAUUGUUUCGCUUUUCUAGUUGGCUUAAUUUUUAAUGCGAAACGAGUUUUCUGAUAAGUAAAUCUAUAUAUAAUGGAGAACUCAGUAUCUAUUUAUAUAACAAAGAGAUAUUCUUCUCUUUUAAGUAAUAUCACUCCCUUCGCAAGGCCAGUGCUUUUUCAGCGCGUAACCGUCAAUAUUCAUCGACUUUAAUUGCAAUAUUUCUAUCAUUGUCAGGUGCAGUUUUUAAUUGUAAAGUUCAUACUGCAGGCUGAAGACAAUAAAUCCAUUAACAGGUUUCUAUUUAUAGGCAUAAAUCGAAUAUCAACGUGCAAUUAAAACCAUGCAAGCAUAUUUAAUGGAGGGAUUGACGUCUUUUCACGCUUUAAAAUGCAACAUGGAGAGAAAAUUUAUAUUUUAAUCGUCUUUUUUCAGCGACGCACUGCACCAGAUUAUUGAAUCGUGAAUAUAAUUUAACAUCAGGAACAAAGAACACCGCGGAUGUACAAAACAACAAGUAACACGGAACUACAGUAUAUGAUUCUGUCAUUUUAAGUUUUUUUUAAAAAGUGCAGUUUUUGCUUUCGAUUUUUGUUCACAAUUUGGCUGUCUUGACCAUCUGUGUUUGGAUAUUCGCAUGUCAGUUUUUCCGUUUGUAAUUUUGAACGAAUCACAAUGAACCAAAUUCUCGUGUUAGCAUACGCGCGCGGUUAUCAGAAACACCUUAAAUUCUCAGUGUCACGAGUAAAAAUAUGUAUUCUUCUUGUCAACAAAAGGAUACAAUUGAGAAACAAAUUUAAACUCUGGUAACAAAUUGAAAAGAAAAGCAUACGUAACUGUCUUUUUGUCAUGUUAGCGUACUAGAUUUAGCCCAUCUUCAUGAAUGUCUUGUGAAACGUCUUAAUGAGAACAUUCGUAUUCUUCAACACUUUAACAUAAAUUAAUGAUAUUGCGUCAGAAAAUUUAACGGGACGAUUAUCUAAAUCGACAUAAUUCUGCGUCAGAUAUACAAACUCCUUCAAAAACAUAAUUUCUUUAGCGUUUUCAUCACGAAUUAUUAACAGUGUUUAAAUAGAAAUAUCUGCGGUCAUAUAAAGUGUUACAAAAAUUUGCAUUUAAGAUUGUGAUUGACAUAUUCUAAUACGUAGAGAAGGGAAAAUCUCAGCGUAAUGCCGUUGACACUACCCCUGGAAAUAUUUCGUUUUAUUACUGUAGUUUCGUUUAAUCCAAUUGGGGGCAGCGAUAACGCACUAACACAGUACACUAAUUAAUUAGUAUGCAAGAAAUUAAUUUGUGUUCGACUUUUGAUACCUGGCACUCAUUUAUUCAGUUGGUCAUGUUUGACAGUGGUGGCCUUACGAGUGACGGGCGAUUAUGCGUGGUUAUAGAACACCAAAAAGGUUAAUAUACCCUCGCUAUUUCAAGAUAAACCACGACGUAUAAAACCAUGCAUUAUAAACGGCUCUUCGACAUGCACCGCCUAAGUUAGAAAAUCAAUUUCGAAUUUCUAACCUUGCAAUUUUAUUUUUUUUAAUACUCUGUGUCUUUAAUGUUAUCACAUGCAACCCGUUUAGCGUCUUGCACUACAAGAAUGUGUACAUGACAUGAUGUGGUGGUAAAGUGUGCAAGGUUUUCUGGGUUCGAGUAUACCACCUUCACGGCAUGUAAAGCAUUCUGGUUAAUACUUUUCUUGGGUAACCUAUUUAACGUUUUAUAUUUUAUAUUAAAUAUUUGACUUAUUUUAAUAUUCAUGCAAGUAUGACCCGCUCAAAUAUAACCAGAAUCCUGGUUACAUUAAAUUAACCAGACUGUAGUAUGUAGGCCUAUAGGGAGUGGAUAAAAAUAGCAAAAUUGACCAGGAAUGUUUUAUUCUCAGAGUGUUUUAGAGUUAACCAGAGUUUCUUCGAGUGUUGGUAAAUCAUUAUAUACUGUAAAAACCUGCAUCAUUGUUAAUGAUAAACGAAAAAUUAAAUUAUCACUACUUUUGGAACUGAACUCAGAAAAUCACUUUGUCAACGUGAAGUUACAGAAGAUAUAUUUUCGAAUCUUAAUUAUAUCUGUAUAUCUGUAUAUCUGUAUAUAUGUAUAUAUGUAUAUACAGGGCGAAAAAACAGAUUUGCACUAGGCUUUGCAACCCGGUGCAAAGGUGCCAUUGCCGUAAUCGCAUCAAAUUUGGAAGGUUGCAAAUAUUUUGGCAAAUUUAGAAACCAAAUUAUGGACGAAAAUACCCACAAAUUCACUUGUGCAAAUGAAAGGUAAUUUGAGCCAAAUUUAUCCUAUACCCAUUCCCUCUCAAAAAAGAGAAUUGUAUUUACCAAUAUGAGGGUAAAAAUUUAUUUACCAAUUUGCUUUCCAAAUUUGAACAAAAUUUGCACAAUAGCAAAUUUGAUGCGAUUACGGCAAUGGCACCUUUGCAGGGGGUUGCAAAGUUGGAGCAAAUCUAUUUUUUCGUCCUGUAUAUAUAUAUGUAUAUAUAUAUAUAUACAGCUAAUUCAAUAAAGGUUGUCCUUUGCAAACCUUAAACUCUAAAACCAUAAAAUCUUAAACUCUAAGCGCGCAAAGCGUAAUGGGAGCACUAUUUAAGCAAUUUAGAAAGCAUACCUGGAGCCCAUUUCUUAGAGACAUGGUAAAUAUGUGCCUGCGAAAACAUUUCACUCUCAAACAGCUGCAAUAUUCAACUAUAAAGCUUGAAAUCAGUACUCCCAUUAUGCUUUGCGCGCUUAGAGUUUAAGGUUUAAGGUUUAGAGUUUAAGCUUUGCAAAGGACAACCUUUUUUGAAUUAGCUGUAUAUAUAUAUAUAUAGAUUGUCUAUAUCUUAAAAUUAAAUAUCGCUACUCUGAGUUUCACGUCCGUUCUAGACGAUCAUCAGGCGAUUUUGUUCACGAUUUUGUUAUUGAUUACGUGAUUGCAUCAUCAUCAACCGUUCGCUGACGCGUUAAAUUGUUUGUUCGCGCGCGUUCGAAUUUCCCGGCGCUGAAUUUUUCUCGAUGGCGACAUCUCGCGAAGAACUCGGAUCUUUUGUUCAACAGAUUGGUUUUCUGUAAUUUCAUGAUUUCUAAUUUCUCUUGUAUGCACAAAUUACAAAUACUUUCCAAAUACGUAUGGGAUUUGAAGGACAAGAAAAGGGAAUACAGUAUUAAGUGGUCCAGUUUGAAACGAGCAGCAGCGUAUGUACCUGGCGGUAGGCGUUGUAAUUUGUGCAUAGAAGAGAAAUUAGAAAUCAUGAAAUCACAUAAAACCAAUCUGUUGAACAAAAGAUCCGAGUUCUUCGCGAAAUGUCGCCUUCGAGAAAAAUUCAGCGCCGGGAAAUUCGAACGCGGGAACAAACAAGUUAACGCGUCAGCGAACGGUUGAUGAUGAUGCAAUCACGUAAUCAAUAACAAAAUCGUGAACAAAAUCGCCUGAUGAUCGUCUAAAAAGGAUGUGAAACUCAGAGUAGCGAUAUUUAAUUUCAAGAUAUAGACAAUCUAAUAAGCUCUGCUAUACUUUUAGUAUUGAGCACUUUGUAUAUCUAGACAACCAAAAUAAAUUGAAUUAUAUAUUAUAUAAUAAUUCUAAUAUAUAUAUAUAUAUAUAUAUAUAUAUAUAUAUAUAUAUAUAUAUAUAUAUAUAUAUAUAUAUAUAUAUAUAUAUAUAUAUAUAUAUAUAUAUAUAUAUAUAUAUAUAUAUAUAUAUAUAUAUAUAUAUAUAUAUAUAUAUAUAUAUAUAUAUAUAUAUAUAUAUAUAUAUAUAUAUAUAUAUACACAUUAAGCUUUUGGCAAUAUCUAAUCCAAUUGUCGUCCAAAUUAACCCGAAUUUAAAUAAAUUUGUCCAUAUUCAAUAGCCACUAGUAUGGUCAAUGAGCAUUGUACUGAUUCUAAAUACUGGCAUUUUUAAGUUUAUUUAUAUGUACUGAUUUAAUUAUUGUACUGAUUCUGCAGAAGGACAAACUCACACAAAGACGCACACAAGCGCGAACAACGAAAACAUCACUUUCUGACGAAGAUAAAAGUAUACUACUGUAGAAGCUACCACGGAUUUGCAUAACAGGUUAUAAGACCAUUUGUGGAUAUAAAGGGGCAAUGUUGCGAUGGUAUCCUUGGUUAUCAGGACAAAACAGAAGAAAGGAAAUGGUCUUAAUACAACACAAUUUUCAAAUAUUUUUGUUUAAAGCGCUAUUUUUUUAUUAAGAGUUACAAGUUUACAUGAUCUACUGCCUAGA